ACUUGGAAGAGAACGGAUCGAUAAUAUAUUAUUUGCAUUAUCGAUUGUAUGGAUUUCUCUUCGGUGUCUGUUCCCGUUUACAUAAGAGUAUUCUCUAUGAAUGGGAUAAGACGGACUAGAGAUCCUAUUUAGAGGCAUGAAUUGCCAUCCCUACCUCUGUAAAAAUUUGGUUUUGGAGCAAACCUUGGGUUAGGAUAAUGUAAUUCACUGUUCCUAAAAUUGCCGAGAACACGAGCGCGGUGAUGUAUGUUGUCUAUGUCCCCCUCACGCUUAAAUCUAAGCUCAAUGCCUAAAAAAUCUAAGUCUGCCAAGGUACUUGAAAAAUCGCAAGAAAUUGUUUCUAUAGAAGAUGAAAACCCUUCUUCGAAGUCAAAAAAAGUGAGUAAUGAGAUUGAUGAAAAGGCUUCUUCGAAGUCUAAAAAAUUGAGUAAUGGGAUUGAUGAAAUUUUUGCUGGUAAAAAGAGGAAGAAACCUGAAGGUAAAAAAUCCCGGAAGACAAAUAAAGAUGAAUCUGGUGAAACAAAAUUGGUGAAAAGGAAGAAAGAAAACAAGAGUAAAGGAGUUGCAGAGGGUGGUUUUGUGGACACUUCUUCCCGGCCUAUGAGGAAAACUGAAGAUGGGUUUACUAUCUACUCUGAAGAGGAGUUGGGUAUCAAUAAUUCUGAUGCUGGAAACACUCCACUUUGUCCAUUUGAUUGUUCUUGUUGCUUUUAGUGGUACUUGCAGAUGGGGAUGUCCUCGUUUGGAUUUUUGUUGUUCUCUUUUGCAAUUUUUGAUUAAGGCUUCGUUUGUUAAAUGUAGACUAUGAAUCCAGUGUGACUUAUCAGUGUUAAUUUCCCUUAUUUUCAUAAUGAAGUUAUUAGACAUAGAAUAUGUA